AUGGUCCGCUUCCCCACCGACGACCGCGUGGUCGACAAGGGCACACCUACCUCUCUUCGAAUCAUCUGUGCCGGCCUGCCACGGACCGCCACGAGCUCCAUGCAAGCCGCCGUCGAGAAACUCGGCUUUGGGCCCUGCCUCCACAUGGCCAACAUCCUGCCGCAUGUCGAACGGGGCCAGCUCAUGCUCACGGCGGUGCGGGAGCGCGACACUGCAAAGCGCCAAAAGCUCAUCCGGCAGCUCAUCGACGGCCACGCCUCCAUCGCCGACCUGCCCAUCGUAUUCUUCCUGCCGGACCUGAUGGACAUGUAUCCCGAGGCCAAGGUCGUGCUCAAUCAGCGGCAUGACGCCAAUGUCUGGUCUGUCUCCACGCACGACUCGUUCGACUUCUUCUUCUCGUGGCGUUUCUGGCUCACGGGCAUGCUGUUCAAGACGGACCGCAUCUGGUACGCACUCAAUAUGGAGGUCAUCGAAACGGCCAAAGGGAAAUACGGCUCGCACCCGUUUGACCCGGAGUCGCACGAUAUCCACACUCGCAUUGUUCAUGAGGAGGCGGCGAAGCGCAAUGCGGAGGUUCUUGAUUUCACUCCGGAGCAGGGCUGGGAGCCGCUGUGCAAAUUCCUGGGCAAGGAGGUGCCGGCGGAGCCGUUCCCGAGGGUGAAUGAGAAGAAGACUUUUCAGAUCAUCAAGGCUAUUUUCAUCGCCAAGGGCCUGCUGGGCUGGGCGGCUUUGGGUGGCGGUAUUUGGGCGAGCUGGAGGUACGGACCUUCCGCUCUGGGGUAUGCUAGGUCUUGGUUAUCUUCAAUGCGGUGA